AUGGUGGUCACACUAGGGGAGGAUGCCCCUUCAUACGACAUGGUGAAGAAGUGGGCUGCUGAAUUCAAACGUGGCCGGGAGAAUCUGAAAGACGACCCCCGUCCGGGAAGGCCAAUCACCGUCACCACACAGGAGACCAUUGCCAAGAUUCAUGACAUCAUCGUGGCAGACAGACGAGCAGAUCUCAACAGCUUUCUUCGGCGAUUUGUGACUAUGGAUGAAACCUGGGUCCAUCACUUCCAACCAGAGACGAAGCAACAAUCGAAGCAGUGGAAACACCCAGGUUCUCCGCCUCCCAAGAAAGCCAAGACUGUGAUGGUGAUGGCCUCCAUUUUCUGGGAUGCAGAAGGAGUACUGUUGGUGGACUACCUAGACAAGGGUCACACUAUCACUGGGGCCUACUAUUCUGAUCUUCUGAGACAGCUACGAGAGAAAAUCAGAAUAGUAGGUCCCGGUGAUAGUGUGACCCUUGUCUAG